AACACCCCCCUCGUGUGCCGUGCCGGCCUUCAUCGGUGCUAAUCACUAACAGCACUUGCCCCAAAAAUCAGUGAAGACUCUACGGGGGGGGUGGGAUCUGUACCUUUGUGGCUACAACCGGAUCGUUCUUUCAAAUUGCCGUCAUCAUCAAUUCCUCCACUGAAGACGCACGCACGCGCACACACGCACGCGCACGCACACACGCGCUCACUUCUGUUAACGCACUCACGCAGCAGUGAAGAACGCGCGCGGGUGUUCCGCUACCGUCGUGAAUGUUACAUUUGACGCUGGGUUUGACUUCUACUUCGCCGUGUCGCCGGCUAGCGCAGCAUGUGACGGACGGGUCAUCAGCGUCGUAUCUCAGCCGGAGACCUCGCGAAGCAAGUCUUCCCCUCCAGCAGUGAAACAGCAGGCGAUGUCGCAGUGGGCUUCGGGCGCUCGCUGUCGCCCGGUGGACACCCUGAGAAUCCAGCGGAUGCGAGGUGGCGCAUUCGAGAGAUUGACAACAGCAGAAGAAGCAGCAGCAGUGGAAGUAACAGCGGCAGCAAGAGCAGAAAGCCACGGCAACAGCAGCAGCAGUAGCAGCAGGAACGCAGUCCUUAAUAGAAAAACUACUUUCGAAAAUUGCAGCGGGAGAGUCGCACUUAAAAGCGACAGAGAGAAGAGCGGAAUAGCAUGCUGUCACCGCGACAGUAGCGGCUGUAGCAAAGGUGACAGCAGUAGCUGCAUCAGCAGCAGCAGCUGUAGCAAUGCUGAUGGGAACAGCAGCAGAAGGAGCUGCAUCAGCAGCAGCAGCUGUGGCAAUGCUGAGAGGGGCAUCUGCAGCAGCUGCAGCAGCAGCAGCAAGAGACACGUGAGACACGGUGACAGCAGGACUGCCUUCAGCCACAGGAGCGUCGUGGGGAACGAAGCGAUCAUCACCAGGAUCAUCACCACCAUCAUCACCAGGAUCAUCAGCGGUGUCGUUCCGAGCGGACUCGGAAGCGCAGCCGGCACCAUCGGCUCGGACGUCGUCGUCAGCCGCGUCGCGGGCAGCAGAGCGAACGUCGGGAUCGCCGUCGACAGCGGCGUCGGCAAACUCAUUCGCAUCACCCCCUUAGUCGACACGAUCGUCACCACCGCGACCGCGAGCCUCGCCGCCGUCUGGGCCAGCGUCAACCUCGCCGGAGCGACACGGCCACGUCCGCUGGCCACCUUCUUCGCCUUGGCCCUGACCUGCGUCUCCUUGUCCUCGUGUUCACCACCGGGGCCCGCUCGCCACCGUCUCCUGCUUCUGACCCCGAGCGCGAGCUGCGAGCCGUCGUCAUCCCUCGACGCCUUCCCAGAGCACGCGGCGCGACUGGCCACGUCGCGUCUCAACAGGGACCCCGGCUACACGGGACCGAGGCUGGAGGUCACCGUCGUCCCGGAGAGCUGCGACGCCGCCCAAUCGCUGGAGGACCUCUGCGCGUCCCUCGUCUCAGCGGACCCGAGGAACUCGAGCAUCGUGGGGCCAACUCAUCCCGGAUACUGCGAGGCGGCGGUCGCGCUCGCGACGCUGCACGGCGUUCCCAUCGCUCCGCUGAACUGCCAGCCCGAUCCCUGGACCCUGACGUUGAGCCAGACGGGUUCGAUCCCCGCAAGCGGAGGCAACGGCUCUGCGCCACGGGCUCCGACGCCGCCGCCGCCGCUGUCCCUCGUGGUGCCCGCGACCCCUCCGUCGGCCGAGGUUCUCCUGCUGCUGCUGCGCCACUUCGGGUGGGCCCACACGGCCGUGGUGGCCGCCGAUACGGCGCCGUGGAGGGCGGUGGCGGCGCAGUUGGCAGCCGCGCUCAGGAGGUUGGGGGUCCCGGUCGGGGUUGUGACGCAGGCGGGGGCGCGGGAGGAGAGCGCGCGUCAGGCUCUGUCGCUCAUACAGAGCGCCCAGAGGAUCAAGCUGGUCAUCAUGUGCAUGAGCUCGUCGCUGCUCGGAGGCGCUGAGGAGCGCGUGCUCCUCCAGACGGCCGCGCGCCUCGGGCUCACGCGGGGUAGCCACGUGUUCGUGCCGCUCGAGCCGAUGCUCUGCAGCCUCGGUCACGGCGCACUCGAGACGUACCCACGGCUGGCCGACGAUUCGGCCCUGCGCCAGGCGUACGACGCCACCCUGACGCUCAGCCUCCUCUCGUCGCCCAACGCCUCGUUCCGCGAGGCCGUGCGGGACGCGCGGAGCGCCGGGGAGAUGCCCGAGGAUGUUGAGGCCAGGGAGGCAAGUUCGCUCGUGUCGGGCGGUGGUUACCGGUGGUGGUGGUGGUGGUUACGCUGCACGUGGCCUGUAAUAUACGACGACGACGAUGUCCAAGAUUGCGGACGCCGUUGCCACCGAUGCCAAUCAUUAUCAGCACCAAAACCCAUCUCCCCUCCCCCCCUCAAGGUCUCCCCCCUCUUCGGCUCCGUCUACGACGCCGUCUCACUGCUCGCCCGCGCCCUCCAACUCGGCCGCGCGUCCGACCUCCACGCCGACGGCCUCAGCCGCGCACUGCGCACCGACGCCGUGGGGCGCCCCGUGGCUCGCUACGCCGUGCUGGACACGGACGGCGACGGGGACACCCUGAGCGCGGUGCUGACCCUGGACAGCGACACCGGCGAGGUGGUGGCGGUGCCCGGAUCGCGCCUCCACUUCCCCGGGGCUGGGGCACCCCCAGCGGCCGAUCCCGAGUGCUGGUUUGAUCCCACGCGUCCCUGCGCGGCGGGUAAAGCGAUCUCACUCUCGACUCACUCUCUCUUUCACUCACUCUCACCCACUCUCACUCUCUCUCUCACUCUCUCUCACCCUCUCUCACUCACUCUCAGCAGCGGUGGGAAGCCUACGGGAGUGGAGCCCAGCCUCAUCCUGCUCGUGCUCGUGGUGGCACUCUGCUUCGUGCUGGGAGGAGUGGCACUCACCUUCUUCCUGAGGAGAAGAAUUCAUCAGCUCCAGAUGGUGAAAGGUCCCAACAAGAUCCUGAUGACGCUGGAUGACCUGACCUUCAUCAACCCGCAGCAGAGCCGCAAAAAGCUCACGGACGACGGCCGAACGAGCGUGGUGGGGCGCAGCGUCACCGACCUGAAGGGCACCGCGAGGCCCUCCCGCGGCUCCGUGUCGGGGAAGAGCGUGGCGCCCGCUCCUGAGAGUAGCAGCGUGGCCGUGUACGAGGUCCGUGUCGGGGUGGGUGACGACCGCGAGAGUGAGACGCGGGCGGAGAUCGGCAGGACCCUGGAGGGACGCUUCGUCUCCACACAGGGUGACUGGGUUUGGUUGAAGAAGUUCCCCAAAGGCAAGUUCGGUGAGAUCCGGCAAGCCACCACGAGCGUUUUCCGAAAGCUGCGGGACAUGCGUCACGAGAACGUGAACCCGCUGCUCGGCAUCUUCAGCGACCUGGGGGUGGCGGCUGUGGUCUCCGAGUAUUGCCUGCGCGGGAGCCUCGAGGAUCUCAUCCGCAACUCGGACAUGAAGCUGGAUUGGAUGUUCAAGUCGUCGCUCCUCUUCGACCUCAUCAAGGGCAUGCGCUACCUGCACCACCGCGAGGUCGUGCACGGGCGCCUCAAGUCGCGCAACUGCGUGGUGGACGGCCGCUUCGUGCUCAAGGUGGCCGACCACGGCUUCAACGAGCUCCUCGAGUCGCAGAGGAUCGUUCGCGACGAGCCCUCGGCAUGCGAGCUGCUGUGGUCUGCGCCGGAGCUGCUGCGAGACGCGGAGGUGGCGCGGCGCGGCACGGCGCGUGGAGACACCUACAGCUUCGCCAUCGUCCUGCAGGAGCUGAUCGUGCGCGGGGCGCCCUUCUGCAUGGUGGACCUCAGCGCCGAAGAGAUCGUGCGCAAGGUGCGCAAGCCGCCCCCGCUGUGCCGCCCCUCCGUGUCCAUGGACCAGGCGCCCAUCGAGUGCAUCCAGCUGAUGAAGCUCUGCUGGAACGAGCUGCCCGAGCGCAGGCCCAGCUUCGACAGCAUCUUUGACCAGUUCAAGAGCAUCAACAAGGGCAAGAAGACCAACAUCAUCGACUCGAUGCUCCGGAUGCUGGAGCAGUACUCGAGCAACCUGGAGGACCUCAUCCGCGAGCGCACCGAGGAGCUCGAAGUGGAGAAGCAGAAGACGGACAAGCUGCUCACGCAGAUGCUGCCCCCGUCAGUGGCCGAGGCCUUGAAGACGGGGGCGGCCGUGCGGCCAGAAUUCUUCGACGAGGUGACCAUCUACUUCAGCGACAUCGUCGGCUUCACCACCAUCUCGGCGAUGAGCGAGCCCAUUGAGGUGGUGGACCUCCUCAACGACCUCUACACCCUCUUCGACGCCAUCAUCGGGGUCUACGACGUCUACAAGGUGGAGACCAUCGGAGACGCCUACAUGGUGGCCUCGGGCCUGCCCAAGCGCAACGGCAAGAGGCACGCGGGCGAGAUCUCGGACAUGUCGCUCGACAUCCUGAGCAGCGUCGGCUCCUUCAGGAUGCGCCACCUGCCCGACGUGCCCGUCCGCAUCCGCAUCGGCCUGCACACGGGUCCCUGCGUGGCCGGAGUGGUGGGGCUCACGAUGCCCCGCUACUGUUUGUUCGGGGACACGGUCAACACGGCGUCGCGCAUGGAGUCCACCGGCAUGCCGUGCCGCAUCCACAUCAACCGCUCGACCGUCACGAUCCUCGACUCGCUCGACAAGGGCUACAAGUACGAGCUGCGGGGCAACACCGAGCUCAAGGGGAAGGGAGUGGAGCAGACGUACUGGCUGGUUGGGCGACAGGGCCUCAACAAGCCUCUACCCGUACCCCCCGAGAUGAAGCCAGGGGAUUCAGCGCAUGGCAUUAAUAUCGAGGAGAUACUCAAGUUCCGGCAGAAAAAGGAAAUGAAAUGAUGAGCAGCGGGACGGACGUGGAGGUGGACACAAAUGCCUCGUUCAGCCGGUUCCAUCAAAACCCUCCCUCCCUCCCGCCCCUCCCCUCCAGCGUGCGCUUCACUCGAGCGGCGUCCAAGUCACCAGGGCACCGGUUCACGUUUGUCGAUGAUGCGCGUCGUUUUAAAACUCAGGGCCCACCACCACCCCCUUCACCACCACCUCCUCCACCACCUCCUCCAUCGUCGGCGGUGACGCCACGGCCCAGCGGUGUGGGGGGGGGGGGGGGGACGGACGUUCGCAGAAGUUCGCGGUUCGAAACCGGCAGCCCGCCCUAGUUAAUACCGCGGCGGUGCGUGACCGCACGUGCGAUGAAGGACUCCAAGUGCGGCACUUCUUGGAUAAAGUUUUUUUUUAUUGUCCUCGACUCAACAAGAACUUCCAGUACCCACCAGCAGCUUGCCUUCCCUCCCCUCUCCUCCCCCCCUCUCAUCUCCACCCAUCCCCUUCCGUCCCACCAAUCCCUCUGCUCCCCUUCUAGCCGCCUCGACCCCCCCCCCCCCCCCCCCCCCCUUCUCUGGCCUCUUUCAAAUCUCACCGCCUUCUCUCUUUCAAACUUUCCAACCAAUCACCAUCGAGCAAGCGAUUGCCAUGCCGUGCCCCCCCCCCCCCCCCUCCUCGUGGCGGUUAUGGUGCAUACAAAGACAAAGACCCCCCGUGUAGCCUUCACAGACUGCUGGGGCAAGGGCUGUUAGCGAGCAGCACCUAUGAAGGCCGGCGUAGCACACGAGGGGGUGGGUGGCCAGCACCACGUGUGUACCGUACCCAUGUCGCCCCCAUGCACUUGCAAAGACGCUUAUCCAAGGAUGUCUCACAUCCUGACAAUGUGUACGUUGCGUUGAACUUCUUUCGCGCCGUACGUAGCCAAUCGGCGGUGCGGGUGGAAGGACAGCAACACAAGAAGGCAGUUCUAAAGAAAUACGUUUUCAAUCUCAGAAUAUCUAUUUAUACUGGAGGAAUUCGAUGAGCUAUAAAGCUCUUUAUCAUAGAUGUCCAGUCGGGGGACGGCUAGCUGCGAAUCUUUUAAGGGCCGCUUCGUGACAAGUUAUUUAUUAAAGACCACCGUUUUGUAUUCACACCGCAUUGCGGCUCUUAAAAUAUUGAGUUUGUUACUGAAUUCAAAAACAAAUUUGGCUCUUCUUGUCAUUUUGAAGGCCCGGGCCCUGAUCUCGGUGGUUUAAAAGUGCAUCACAGCUCCCAGUGGCCUAAUAUCAGAAAGGAAAGAGCGUUCCAGACGGCCGCAGAAGUACACCUGAACGCGCGCGUGUGAUUGCGCUGGCCGUAUUGACUGUAACGAUAGCGUGAGAUGGCGUUAGAUAACGCGCUCCUUCCUGUUCCCUGCGAUGUCGGCUGUGCGUGGGCUGCUGUCGUGGUCCAAAUUUUACCAAUGGUUGAAAGAAAUGAGCCAGUGGAGGAAAAUUCCGCACUCCCACGAUGGGGGAGGAGGCGGGGUGGGGGGAGUGGGUAUAUCCACAGGAUGACCCACGGUUGACUUGUCGCAUCAAGUGGCAGUCACCUGAACGGAACCAGGAGAGACUGUGGGGGUGAGUUGACCCCAAGGCGUGAGAUCAACUCGCGACUUCCCAGCUGCUCGUUGGGCGGCCUCAUCACGGCUGGUUCCGCGACCGGAUGAUUGUGGCAUUUGCUGGAUGGAGGCAUAUAUAGGGUUGAUUGAAUCAUCAGGGAACUGGACAGAAGGGCCUUCUAGGUAAAUUGCGGAGCCGUGGUGGCCACAUCUGGCAAAGCGACAUCGCCGUUGCGCAAAGUCGUCUGGGUGUUUUAUUUUUUUUUCCAAGGUGGCACGCAAACAGUUGCGUCGUGUAGCACGUGGUGGCAGCGCCGGUGGUGGCGAUGGCGGUGGUGGCGGCGGUGGUUGUGUGGCAGCGGUAGUGGUGGCAUCGGUGGUGGUGGUGGUGGCAGCGGUGGUUGUGUGGUGGUGGCGGUUGUGCGGCUGUGUGGUGAAGUUUCUCGCGAAGGAAAUUGCUCAGUCUGCCGGGAAGGUUACGAGGAGAUCCCCCACGCAGUUCGCUUGCGCACAAGCGAGUUCGAGCGGACGAGAGAGACGGCGCGUCCCGCCCAAUCCUGCCGGUGUUUCCGUCAGUCAUUUCUGUAUCGCGUCUCUCGCUUGCAGAUGUCUUCUAACGCACGUAGCUCCUCUUUCUGUCCCUCGGUGUAAAUCCGAGAGUGCGUUUCUCCGCGUGCCACUGGUCUCAAAGAUUCAUUGCGUGAAAUAUUUUUUACGAGUAAGCAGUAAUAAAAAUAACACACACACACACACAACUGCCCUGAAAAAUAAUAGGAGGCGUUAUGUUUUUGGGGAAUGUCCCAUAAAAUGCUCAACUUCCAUUUAAGCAAUUCGAUAGAAGUGUGAAAUAAACUAUUUAAAACUAAAUUAUUCUUUUUUUAUUUUACCAGGUAAGACCCACUGAGCUAGGUAGCUCUUUUUUCAGAAGCGACCUGGCCACAAAUGAUAGCUCAACAAAGUGGCUCAUCGC